CAGACUUGACAAAUUAUUUCAGACAUCUGUUAUGAUUAAGAAAAUGUUUCAUACAUUUGCGUUUUGCUGUUUGUGCUGUUUCCAACUGGUUGGUGUAUUUGCUAAUGAAGUAAAGUCAGUAUUAGUAAUGAAGGGGAAAUCUGUCACUCUAAACAUUCCUGUUACUGAAAAACAGGACAUUACUAUGAUCAUGUGGACGUUUGGAACUAACAAAUCACUCGUAGCUAAAACUGGCAGAGAGUUAAGAAAUAUCUCUAUAUAUGACGGUCCUGAUGGGAGAUUCAGAGACAGACUCAAGCUGGACAAUCAAACUGGAUCUCUGACCAUCACAAACACAACAAUCACAGAUUCUGGACUUUAUGAAGUGACCAUCAAAAGAAGCAGCAAAAAGACCACAUACACAUUCAAUGUUACUGUCUAUGCUCGUCUACCUGUUCCUAACAUUACCAGAGACUGUUCAUCAUCAUCAUCAUCAUCAUCAUCAAAUUGUUCAUUGUUGUGUUCAGUGGUAAAUAUGGGCCAUGUGAGUCUCUCCUGGUACAAAGAAAACAGUUUAUUGUCCAGCAUCAGUGUGUCUGAUCUCAGCAUCAGUCUCUCUCUACCUCUGGAGGUGCUAAAUCAGGACAACACCACCUACAGCUGUGUGGUCAACAAUCCCAUCAACAACCAGACUCAACAUCUCAACAUCACUGAACGCUGUCAUACAUGUGAAGAUUGUGUUUUCUGUUGUCAUAUUUCUGAAGUUGUCUCCAGAUUGAUCAUCUCUGCUUUGGUGGGCCUGGCUGCUGUUUUGAUUGUAGUGUAUGACAUCACAUCUAGAAAAGUUGAAGAGGAGAGAUCAUAACAGACAUCAUCAUCAGACUCUUACAGAUGAAUCAUAUUGACCAAAUAUAAACGCAACAUUUUUGUUUUUGCCCCCAUUUUUCAUGAGCUGAACUCAAAGAUCUAAGACAUUUUCUAUGUACACAAUAGGCCUAUUUCUCUCAAAUAUUGUUCACAAAUCUGUGUUAAGACGGGCUCACACUACAGGAUUUUAAAAUCCUAACAGAUUAUGAAAUCUGGUAUAUACACAUAAGGAGUAUCUUUGCAGAUUAUCUUCCCCGAAAUCUUAAACAUGCACACACUACAAGAUUUGAAAAUUGUGGUGCAUCACACACUACAAGAUAUUAUUAAGAUUAUCAUGAUGAAGGGAGCGCCUCACGUGAUCUUACGCAACAGAUGGUUAUUUCAACAACUAAUGUUUAUUUUUGCAUUUGAGGUACGUGUUCAACAUAUUAUACAGACAGUGUUACUACAAAAACACAAGAAGCAGUUUUCUCCAUCUCCACUAUCCAACGGACCGUACAGCAGCUGUUUUGCGGUUGCGCAUUGACUGUUGUGAAAGUACUGACGUAAUCAUAGCCGUGAACAUCCCGAUUUAAAAUCCUGAAUAUCAAACAUGUUUGAUAUGAUUGGGGCGGCCCAGAUUUGUGUGAGAGCAGAUCAGGAGGUGCAAGAUUCGAUCUGUGAACGUCUCACAUUACCAGAUAAUCCGUGCUGAACAUCGGGAACGAUCGAGGUGCUCAACAAGAUUUUUGCUCCGAUUCUCAGGAAGGGGCAAAAUUGGGCUAAAAAUUCUGUAGUGUGAGCCCGGCUUUAGUGAGCAUUUCUCUUUUGCCAAGAUAAUCCAUCCACCUCACAGGUGUGGCAUAUCAAGAUGCUGAUUAGACAGCAUGACUAUUGCACAGGUGUGCCUUAGGCUGCCCACAGUAAAAGGCCACUCUAAAAUGUGCAGUUUUACUGUAUUGGGGGUGGGAGACAAACAGAAGCUUUUAGGAAAGACAUGCAGUAAGUUAGUUUGAAGUUAGUCAAUGAGAAGAGGCUUAGUCAACCAAAGUUUUAUUAGUUGGUAAGCCACAAAAAAAAAAAAAAAAAUUGGCAAAGUCAUGUGGUCCAAAUGAACAGAACGUUUAUGGCUGGUCUUUGAGGUAAUUACAGUAUAUCAGGAAGGAAAUCCAAGCACUCACUAGUGAAUUGAACUAAAAAUGUUCACUAUUAGGCACCUAUCCAAGUCUUUGUGUGGAGUGUGAAAGCUGUCAGUGCACUGACUUAUGGAGUUAGUGUGAACACUGCCAUUAUUCCUGUUAGUGGAAACAAAAUAUGCCAUCAUUUUUGCUCGUACAGAUAAGAGUAAUACAUCAUUCAUCUGUUAAAAUGUUUUCAUUCACCUAAUCAACAACUAAUGUUUAUAGACAUAGAAAAUAUUAUUUAGAGCAAGUUAUUUAUUUUUCAUUGGCUCAAGCUAUAAAAUAUACAUCUGAAUCAUUACCCUGAAUCAUUACCCUAUUUUUUUAUUUACAGUCUGCAUCAGUUGUUUUACUUUUCCAAUUUGUUAAACUAGAAAUUAAGAAAAAGCAAACAAAUAAAGGAACAUUUUAUGCAAUUUUUCUAUUUUAUUUUAAUUAAAUUCCAAAUGGUAAUUUAAAAGCACAAAACAUGAUUUUUUUUUUUCCUGAAAACAUUUUCCCAUAAAACAUGAAAAAAGAAAAAAAAAAA